AGCGGCGUCUCCUGGAUACCGAGAGAAACUGAGCAGGAGGAUUAAUGUGGAUAUAAACAUUAUUUUAUUAUAAAGAACAUUAAUUAAUAACGUGUUAUAUUCAUAUGUCAUGCUGAGAAAUGGCUGAGGUGAGUGAUCCCCUGCAGGUGUCUCUCAGCGUGGUUGGAGCGUUGGAGUGUGUGGUGCGGCGGUGUGUGGGGCCGAGCGGAGGGAGUGUGAUCUUCACAAAAGACACGGGACAAACAUUAAUCACCAAACAUGGACACUGCAUCCUCACUGCACUACACCUGGAGCAUCCUGUAGCCAGGACUGUGUUGGAUUGUGUGCGUUCACAUCAUUGUGUUACUGCAGACGGUUCGAAGUCGUUUAUCCUCCUGUUAGCUGCCCUGCUGAGGGGAAUCCGUGACUCUGUGCACGACUCUGCACACGCACACCGCCGCCACACCUCCUGGAAACUGGCCAAUCAGCUCCAUGCAUUCUGCUGGGGAGGGUUGGAUGAUGUCAUAGCUCAUGGUGUCGUUCCUUAUGCCUCAUCUCUGUUCAGAUCGGGCGGAUGUGAGCUGAAGGGUGGAGUCUUGGCUGCGUUGGUGGGUGGAUACAUUGGUGGGCGUGUCAGUCCUGGUCAGGCGGAGGUUCUGACGCCGCUGCUGUGUGAGUUCUGCACACGGGUCGGACAUGGAGACACUUACAGUUCAGCCGUCUCAUUUAUUCACUCGAACUUCUCUGGACUGCACGUGGCUGUGCCGGGACUUCACAGCAGCCAAUCACGUGUGGUGGAGGGUCUCCUGCUGCCUUGUGAUUGGUCUGUUUGGACAGAGACGCACGGCCCGGUGAAGGUGCUGGUUGUUGUUGAGAGAUUAGACACACGCUUUGAUGCGAGCGUGAACGUUCGGUUUGAGAAGCACUGGACAGAUCAGAGUGACGGCGUCAUACAGGACAGAUUAGCAGCGAUCCUGCGGCUCCAAGUCAAGGUUGUGCUGUCGGCGGUGAAGCAGCCGAGGUGUGUGCUGGAGUGGGCGGGGCUCAACGGCGUCUCCGUGCUGGAGUGCUGUGAUCCGGAGCAGCUGGAGCUGCUGUGUGAACUCAACACGGCACAAAUGCUCACAGCACAGCCACUGAUGCAGUUAGGGACGCUAACACACUGCUGCCGCUUUCAGCUCGGAGGACACAGGUACGCUAACGUUGGGGUUAAACACACGUCACUACACACGUCACUACACACACACACCCUGGUGCUGUGUGCGCCUGCUGCAGGACCGCUGGAACAAAACGUGAGCGUGAGCAGAGGUGUGUUCUCCAUGCUGCAGCAUCUGAACCAGUCUCACAGACACAGCAACAUCUUACCACCUCCUCACAAGCAGAGUCUCACGUCCUCACAGAGUCUCACGUCCUCACAGAGUCUCACGUCCUCACAGAGUCUCACGUCCUCACAGAGUCUCACGUCCUCACACACUCUCACGUCCUCACAGAGUCUCACGUCCUCACAGAGUCUCACGUCCUCACAGAGUCUCACGUCCUCACAGAGUCUCACGUCCUCACAGAGUCUCACGUCCUCACAGCUGCACUCAUCGUGUCCAAACUUGUGCCAAUGCAUUUUAAACGUUGGUGAUGUCAUCCCUGUGGGAGGAGCUUUCGAGUGUCUGUUCCAUUAUUCUUUGCUCCACAGUAACCAUGGCGACCCCGACAGCCGAAGAAUCCUAGCCGAGGCUGUACUGAGCGUGCCCAGAUCUCUGCAUGCUCAUAGACCGGGAGAUUUCCUGAAGCAACUCAUGAAUCUCAAGAAUAAUCAGCGGCACCACUGUCCAAUCAGAGAGCAGGGCUCAGGGUCAGAGUUCACGUGGUGUUGGGGGGCAGAUGGUCCCGGGCGUGUGUGUGUAGAGCCGGUCUGUAGUAAACACCAGUUGGUGGCAUCUGUGCUGCAGUGUGUGAACAGACUGGUGCAUGUGGAGACAGUGAUACACACAGUGAGACCGCUCGCCCUCGCAGCAUUGCCCCGGCCUCAACAUGAAAGUGAUGAUGAUGAUGAUGAUGAAGAAGACGGGAUGUGACACCAUGUGACUGAUUUCCUCCUAAAAGGACCUGCACUUUUAUUCAUCAUUGAUAUAAUAAUCUGUGUAAAUAUGUCCCAGGUCUCUCUGCCAUCCAUAAUGUUGGACAAAAGUGUUACCAUGACAACCACCUUCACAUCAUCGCUAACAUUAACAUGGAAGACGGCUAAAAGCUCAGCAGUUAAACAUUAGUAUAUUAUUAUCCUCUAAAUAUUUGCAUAUCAGACUCGAUUGGUCCGAAGCUGAUGUAUUUAUUAAGUGACAUCACAAUCUGAGAUCAGACUCACUGUAAUCACAGUUACACAACAGUUACACAAACACUACACACACAAACACAGGUACACAAACACUACACACAAACACAGGUACACAAACACUACACACACAAACACAGUUACACAAACACUACACGCAAAAAAACAGUUACACAAACACUACACACAAACACAGUUACACAACUGUUACACAAACACUACACACACACAGUUACACAAACACUACACACACAAACACAGUUACACAAACACUACACACACAAACACAGGUACACAAACACUACACGCAAAAAAACUUACACAAACACUACACACACAAACACAGGUACACAAACACUACACACACAAACACAGGUACACAAACACUACACGCAAAAAAACAGUUACACAAACACUACACACACAAACACAGGUACACAAACACUACACACACAAACACAGGUACAUAAACACUACACGCAAAAAAACAGUUACACAAACACUACACACACAAACACAGUUACACAACUGUUACACAAACACUA